AUGGCACAGAAAAUGUCAAAGAAAGAGUCAAAGAAAGAGUCAAAGGAAGAGUCAAUGAAAGAGUCAAUGAAAGAGUCAAAGAAAGAGUCAAAGAAAGAGUCAAAGGAAGAGUCAAAGAAAAGUCAAAAGUCAAAAGUCAAAAGUCAAAAGUCAAAAGUCAAAAGUCAAAAGUCAAAAUUAAGUCGA